CCUCACUCUGCAAACAAAGGUACGGAACUCUUUCUUUUUUCAUUUCUGAUCCUUGUUUACGCUUGAUCAAUUUUCUUGUCACCUGACUAUUUUUGCCUUUUUCCUUUUUGCCUCUGCUAAAGCCGAACCACCUUAUUUUCUCUGAUUGACCCUGUUGCCAUGAAGACCUCGCCGUUUGUGAAGCGAAUCUUGGCUUUAUUCAAGAAAACUCAAGAGAAACCAGAGACGCCGCAGUAUCCUUCCGACUUGCUUCAACAAUACAAGGUCACCAAGCGCACCCUGGGUGUAGGCUCAUUUGCAGUUGUAAAGGAAUGCAUACAUCGCACAUCGGGUCAACCAUUUGCUCUCAAGAUCAUACUUAAAAAAGCAAUUGCAGGAAAGGAGCAUAUGCUGGAUAGCGAGCUGGAUAUUCUAAAGCAAGUGCGGCACCCAAACAUCGUUUCUAUGCAUGGAUUGUAUGAAUCGAAAGACGCCGUUUACAUCGUUACGGACCUUGCUGGUGGCGGUGAAUUAUUUCAGCAGUUAUUGAACAAAGGCAACUACACAGAGAAAGACGCAGCCCAACUGGUUCGACAAAUUCUGGAAGGAUUAGCCUACCUUCACGAGCAUGAUAUUGUGCAUCGAGACUUGAAGCCUGAAAACUUAUUAUUCCAUACCCCGGCUGACAAUGCCAAUUUGAUGAUUACCGAUUUUGGAUUGUCAAAAAUCCUCAAAAAUCAUGAUGACAUCCUGACCACAGCAUGUGGUACGCCAGGUUAUGUGGCCCCCGAAGUAUUGAAGCAAAAAGGCUAUGGUAAACCGGUCGAUCUCUGGAGCGUUGGCGUCAUUAUGUUCACGUUACUAAGUGGUUACACACCUUUUUGGGGUGAAGACCAGGCGACUUUAUUCGAGUGUAUUCUUUCCGGGCGCUAUGAGUUUGAUGAUGCUUAUUGGUCCGAGAUUUCUCCUGCGGCCAAGAAUCUCGUGGAUCGAUUGUUGACCUACAACCCGAGUCAACGCAUUACAGCAGAAGAAGCGUUGCAACACCGUUGGAUCCGAAAUGCGACCGGAAAAGAGACCCGCCCAACCAUGAAUCUUGCUCCUCAUGUCCGUCGAGGACUAUCAAGCCAGCAAUCCAUUCGUUCCGUCAUGACCACGCUCACCGCCUUUAAU